UUGGGUCGCCGCGCGUUGCAAUUAAGUCCCAAUUAUUCUCCACGAUAACCCCAGUGACCCACGGCACCCUGCCUUAUUUCCUUAAAAACUCCUGAAUGCAUUAAACUCGUCGUUAGAAUUAAUAGCGGGCUCAGGUGAAAGAUAACGUUGGUCGACGGAGUCAGACCGUAGAAUUAAGCGAGGGAAAAAAGUACACGAUGGUCCCCCUUUGCUAAAUAAUCAUUUAGGGCAGCUGAGCGUUUAAACGAUUCUGCACGGUCCGUGAACAUCGAGAGGCUCUAGGGUGAAGACGGAAGUUGCCGUGACAGAGUGGAUCUCUUUGCACCACCGUCGGGCCACGGAGUAGCAGGCUCCCAGGUUUCAUGUAGGGGCUAAUAAAGACAAGCUAAGUGAGAGGAUAUUGUCAAGAGAAUCAUCCAGACGCUAGCGAACGCUAGUGAAACUGGGAAGGUUAUUAUAACGCCCCUACAAAAAAAGAAAACAAAAAGAUUUUUAAAAAGAUGAAACCCAGGACCAUCAUGUUUUCCGCCAAAGAACUGACAAUACUGUUGGUAUUAUGCCACUGUCCAAGCCUCAUUUUAAGCACACUGGACACAGGGACAUCUCUUUAUAGCGGACUUGGCAGCUCUAGCCUAUAUGCUAGCCCUUACAGCACAAGCGCUUAUCAAAGCCCAUACGGAAGCGUGAGCAGUUCUUUAUUCGGGAGCUCUUUGGGAGGACAGUAUGGCGGACUGAACAGCCCGUAUUCAUCAUACGGCGGUGGUUACUCCAGUCCCUAUUCCUCCAGCCGAUACGGUUCAUCAAGCAAUGCGUACGCUAGUCCGUAUUCCAGCUCGUACAGCAGCCCGUAUUCAAGUUCUGGUUAUGGCGGAUAUGGAUCGAGCACGUCGUACGGAUCUCCCUAUGGCGGCUACAACAGUGGAUAUGGCAGCGGAUACGGCAGUGGAUAUGGCAGCGGAUACGGUGGAUAUAAUACUCCGAGCUUUGGCGUCAGUAACAGAGAAAGAUGCGGCUAUCUCCUCAUCAGUACCAGUACCCAGGGAUGCUGUGAAAACGUUCCCUACGUCCUGAGCCAGGCUGAAUGUUGUACAGGCCAAAUCCUCCCCCGUGGUCAGUGUCUCGCCGCUCAGGUGGUCUGCGGGGGCAUGCUGUACGACCCCCAGUUUAAAGAGUGCUGUGGGAACACCACGGUGGACAUCGGUCUUUGCUGCAGCGGAGCCCCCUGCGGUAUUUGUAGCGGAGUCAGAUUCGACACCACCAGGCGUGAAUGCUGCCAAGGUCGACUAGUCGAGUUCGGCUAUUGCUGUGACGGAUUCCCUUGUUCGUACUGCGGUAACAUUAAGUACAAUCCGAACCGAGAAGAGUGCUGCGGCAAUCAGCUCGUCCCGAUAGGUUUUUGCUGCGGCGGACGACCUUGCUCUAUUUGCGGCUCCUAUCCAUACCAGCCCAACGAACAGGAAUGCUGCGGUGAUACUACUCCUGUUGAGAAAGGUUACUGCUGUAAUGGCGUAGAGUGCGCCCUCUGUGGUAGAACCAAGUACGACCCAAGGGCCGGGGAGUGCUGCGGGGGUCAGGUAGUUGACAAAGGCAUGUGCUGCGACGGGUACCCGUGUGGUAUUUGCGCCGGACAGAAAUUCUUCCCUCAGAAUGACGAAUGCUGUGGAGCUGCCCUCGUCCCGGUUGGCAUGUGUUGUGACGGUUACCCCUGCGAAGUCUGCGGUGGUUUCAAGUACAACCCACGCGUGCAAGAAUGCUGUAACGGCAAACUUGUUCAGCUCGGUAUGUGCUGCGACGGAAUCGAAUGUUUCGAGUGUGGCCUCGAUAAAUAUAACCCUACUCUUCAAGAGUGCUGCUCCGGUAUCAUCGUCGAAAAGGGCUUCUGCUGUGACGGAAAACCUUGCUCCAGCUGCGGGCCACUAAUGCUUCAGUACAACCCAGACUCGCAAGAGUGCUGCAAUGGUACAGUUGUGACCAAUCUCGGAUUCUGCUGUGACGAUCGUCCGUGCCAGGCCUGUGGGUUUGGUCUCUUCAAUCCUUUCACCCAUGAAUGCUGUGGAAACAAGGUCGUGAGAAAAGGCAUGUGCUGUGAAGGAGAGGUUCCCUGCAGACUUUGUAACGAUCUCAAAUACAGCUACCUCGUGCAAGAGUGCUGCGGCCUUGACCUAGUUAAUAAAGGUGACUGUUGCCGUGGAGUUACAUGCGAAGUGUGCGGUAUAUAUAAAUUCAACCCUGUAGAGCAAGAAUGCUGUGGCGGGCAAGUUGUAGACAGAGGCGGAUGCUGUGACGGAAUUCCAUGUCAAAUGUGCGGGCUGGAUAAGUACAACCCGAACAUCCAAGAAUGUUGCGGUGGAACUCUGGUCGAGAGUGGCUUCUGCUGUAAUGGAAUCCCGUGCUCAAGCUGUGGUCCGACGAGUCUGCUGUAUAACAGAAACACUCACACUUGCUGUGAUAACCAGGUGGUCCUGCCUGACAUGUGCUGCGAUGGUAUACCAUGUGGACUGUGCAGCUCUGCCAAGUACAAUCCAGCCCAGCAAGAAUGCUGUUCCAACCAACUCGUACCAAGAGGAAUGUGCUGUGAAAACGUCCCCUGUGCAUUGUGCGGACAGAAUAAGUAUCAUCCCCAGCGACAGGAAUGCUGUGGUCAGACACCAGUUGAUCCAGGAAUGUGCUGUGAGGGCGGCGUCCCUUGCGGUGUUUGCCUUAGUACCAAGUACAACCCCACCCGUCAAGAGUGCUGUAACAACAGGCUAGUGGAAGCCGGCUUCUGCUGUGAUGGUGUCCCAUGUGCCCUCUGUGGAGACUUCAAGUUUAACCCCAACACACAGGAAUGCUGUGGCGGCCAAGUGGUUGAGACCGGAUUCUGCUGCGACGGAUUCCCGUGUCAAAUCUGUGGUGAUGUCCGUUUCCAUCCUCAGCGGCAUGAAUGCUGUGAUUUUGCUCUUGUAGAAGUCGGCAACUGCUGCAACGGUUAUCCAUGUCAGAUUUGCGACACCAAGAAAUUCAACCCAAGAGAAUUUGAUUGCUGCAACGGCCUGAUUGUGGGUGCUGGAAUGUGCUGUGAAGGGAUCCCCUGCUCCCUCUGUGGGGUCAACAAAUACCACCCACAGAAACAAGAAUGUUGCGGAGGAGUUAUCCCUGUCCUUCCUGGCAUGUGCUGCAAUGGCAGGGAGUGUCAAAUGUGUAGUGGACUGAAGAUCGAUCCAAGACUUCACGAAUGCUGUAAUAACCAGGUCGUAGACGCAGGCAUGUGCUGUGGUAAUGCGUUGUGUGGACUGUGUGGAAGAGAAAAGUAUAACCCUAACCUUCAAGAAUGCUGCGGAGGCUCUGUGGUUGAGAAGGGUUACUGCUGCGGUGGAAAACCGUGCGGUAUAUGUAACGAUGCUCUGUUUGAUGUCGUGACUGAAGAAUGCUGUGGAGGUGCUGUAGUCAAGCAAGGAAUGUGCUGUAAUGGACAGCCUUGCAAACAGUGCGGCUAUGGUUUAUUCAACCCCACAACCCAUGAAUGCUGUGGUACCAUGAAAGUAGUGAGAACUGGCAUGUGUUGCGAUGGUCAACCCUGUGGCCUCUGCGGCUCAUACAAGUAUAACCCACAAGCCCAGGAGUGCUGUGGAGACCGUCUAGUAGAGAGAGGAUACUGUUGCAAUGGCUACGUCUGCUCGACAUGCGGCGUUUACAAAUACAACACAGUGGACCAAGAAUGCUGUGGCCAAAACUUAGUGGUUGAUAAAGGCAUGUGCUGUGAUGGCAAUGCUUGCUUGAUGUGUGGUCUUGACAAAUACAACCCUGCAGUCCAGGAAUGCUGUGGAGGUGCCCUGAUAGAGAAAGGCUAUUGCUGUGAAGGAGUUCCAUGUGGAAUCUGUGUAGACUUGAUGUUCAACCCACAAACCCAUGAAUGCUGCGGUUCUAAUAUUGUAGAGAAGGGGAUGUGCUGUGAUGGGUUCCGCUGCUCCAUGUGCGGCACCUUCAAGUAUCACCCUAAAAAACAGGAGUGCUGCGACAACAAGCUGGUUCCUUUUGGUAUGUGCUGUGAUGGCUAUCCAUGCUCUCUGUGUGCCGAGAAUAAGUAUAAUCCUCUUGCUCUCGAGUGUUGUGGAUCUCAGCUAACUGGGCGUGGAAUGUGCUGCAAUGGGCUACCAUGCCAGAGAUGUGGCGGAAUCAAAUACCAUCCUCUCAAGCAGGACUGUUGUGCAGGAGGUUUGGUCCCAUACGGAAUGUGCUGUGCGGACAAACUUUGCCAGUUUUGUGGGGAAGCCAAAUACAACCCACUCGAACAAGACUGCUGUGGUGGCCAACUUGUCAGGAAAGGACUGUGCUGUGAGGGAGUGCCCUGCUCUGUCUGUGCUGAAAACCAGUUGUACAACCCAGCCAAAUUUGACUGCUGUGAUGGGCGUCUGGUGAACGCUGGCUUCUGCUGUCACGGCGUGCCUUGCCAGGUGUGUGGUGACAAGCUGUUUAAUCCACAGGAUCAAGAGUGCUGUGGCACAAGCCUUGUGACCCCAGGACUUUGUUGUGAGGGUACCCCAUGUGAGAAAUGUGGCGACCAGCUUUUUAGCCCAAAGAAGCAGGAGUGCUGUGCAAACUACCUCGUCCCACUGGGCAUGUGCUGUGAUAACUACCCCUGCUCAUUAUGUGGUCCAGAAGACACCAAGUAUAACAGACACAAGAAAGAAUGCUGUGGAGGAGAGGUGGUCCUAUUUGGUGGAUGCUGUGAGGGAGUGCCAUGUGCAAUGUGCAGAGAUCUUAAAUACAACCCACAAACCCAUGGUUGCUGUAGCGGUCAGUUAGUUCAGUAUGGUUUCUGCUGCAAUGGAGUGCCCUGUGCCAUGUGCUAUGAUGAAAAAUUCAAUCCACAGACCCAUGAGUGCUGUGAUAAAAUAGUGACCGAGUCAGGCAUGUGCUGCGAUGGUCUUCCAUGUGGUAUAUGUAACGGCAUCAAGUAUGACACAGCCAAGCAAGAGUGCUGUGGAGGCCAACUUGUUCGAAAAGGUUUUUGCUGUGAUAACGCCCCAUGCCAGAUGUGUGGAGACCAGAAAUUCAGCCCUGUCAAGCAAGAAUGCUGCGCCUUUAAUCUUGUACCAGUUGGCAUGUGCUGCGAUGGUUAUCCAUGCGACAUCUGCGUCAAUGAAAAGUACAAUCCACACAAGAGUGAAUGUUGUGGUAAUGAGCUUGUUGCCUAUGGUAUGUGCUGCAGCGGCUUGCCUUGCGCCAUGUGUAAAGAGCAGAGGUUCGAUCCAAGAGAAAAGGAAUGCUGUGGUGACGUCCUUGUAGAGCCAGGCACCUGCUGUGAGGGUGUACCAUGUGGUCUUUGUAACAACAGAGUGUAUCAUCCACUUAAACAAGAAUGCUGUGGCAGCACUAUUGUAAAUAAAGGCUUCUGCUGUGAGGGAUUUGUCUGUGGAUACUGUGGUGAUUACAAAUUCAACCCUAACACAUACGAAUGCUGCGGUAACUCUGUGGUCAAGAAAGGUUUUUGCUGUGAUGGCGUUGAAUGCCAAAUCUGCAGUGGUAAAAAAUACCAUCCACAGAAGCAAGAAUGUUGUGGUGGCACUCUGGUGGAAUUUGGCAUGUGUUGUGGUGGUGUCUUGUGCCAGACUUGCGGUGAAUUUAAAUACAACCCUAUCAACUAUGAAUGCUGUUAUGGCCGACCAGUUGAAAAAGGUUUCUGCUGUGAGGGUUCACUUUGCGUUGACUGUGGUGGGUUUAAAUUCAACCCUUACUUUGAAGAGUGCUGCGAAGGUAACCCAAUGAGAAUCGGUUUCUGUUGCGGUGGAAACAAGUGCCCGACGUGCGGAAACCAGCCUUUCGAUCCAACACGUCACGAGUGCUGUGGGCGCAGAGUCGUUGGACUCGGUCUGUGCUGCGGUGGCGUAGAAUGUGUACAGUGUGGCAACAACAAGUAUAACCCAGUGAGUCAGGAAUGCUGUGGGGGUGCUGUCACGGAGAAAGGCAACUGCUGCAAUGGAGCACCAUGUCAGAUUUGCCGAAACGUGAAAUACAACCCCUUGGUGAAUGAAUGCUGCGGUGGUAAUCUUGUCCCAGCAGGUGACUGUUGCAAUGGAAGCCCAUGCUCAACCUGUGGUAUCUCAAGAUUCGACCCUACUGUCUCCGAAUGUUGUGCCGGCACAGUGGUAGAUAUAGGCAUGUGUUGCAAUGGCGUGGUAUGCGGUGUGUGCGGUGAUGUGAAAUUCAACCCCACCGUUCAAGAAUGCUGUGGCACAUCUUUGGUGCUGCCAGGCAGCUGCUGUGGCGGAGUCGAAUGCGGGAUAUGUGGCUUCUACAAAUUCAACCCAGUUCUGGAAGAGUGUUGUGACAACAGGAGAGUGACACCUAAAGGCCUGUGCUGUGGUGGCUUUGAAUGUGGUCUUUGCGGUGGUGUGGCCUAUCCACCUCAGUCGCAAGAAUGCUGCUCUGGCCAAAUCGUUGAUCUAGGUUUCUGCUGUAAUGGCGCACCAUGCAUCCUGUCUUCUAGCGGAUCAGUGAUUGGCGAAACUGGCACACCUGGUGGCAACUCCAUAGCAACUGAAGCUUCCUGUUUGGGCGUGGCUUAUGACAGUGGGACCCAAGAGUGCUGCAAUGGCCAGGUGGUUCCAGCCGGUCAGUGCGUCCUGACCCCUCCAGUUCAACCAAACACGGGCAACCAAAUCCUACAGAAGUGCGGCGGAGCCAGCUACGAUCCUUCUGUGAAUGAGUGCUGUGCUGAGGUCUUGGUAGAGAGAGGCAUGUGUUGCGAUGGUUGGCCGUGCCGACUCUGUGGCACCGUCAAAUACAACCCAACUGUUACCGAGUGUUGUGGUGAUCUUUUGGUGGACGUCGGUCAGUGUUGUAAUGGCCAGGCAUGCCAAAUAGUCCAAGUUGAACGAUGCGGUGCUGAUACAUAUGAUCCGACUUCUCAAGAGUGUUGUGGUGGUAGGGUCGUUCCAAUGAACUUCUGCUGCGAUGGUGCAAUCUGCGACACAUGCGGAGGACAGAAAUACAGUCCCGUGACCCGUGAAUGCUGCGGAACCACCAUUGUUGAGAAGGGCUUCUGCUGUAGUGGGAACAUACCAUGUAAGCAGUGUGGCUCCCAGCUGUAUGGCCAAGGAAAAGGCUGCUGCGCUGGUGUAAUCUUUGACCUAGCCUCGCAGCUCUGCUGUGGAAAUGAAGUCACAGACUCCGAUACCCAUUACUGCUGUGAUGGCAAAGUCUGUCACAACGAUGGUGACACCCCACCAUCUGGCGGCAGCGAUCCAACCACCUGUGGUACUUACAACAUCAAUGUUGCUGUGGAAGGUUGCUGUGGUGAUAAACCAUACUAUAAACGUGAUCAAGUCUGCUGUAACAAUAACAUCCGGUCCAGGUCGACCUGGGAAUGCUGCCAGCACCCGUCUGGGUACCAGGUUCCUUUGCCAAUGGCAAGUGGUGGCUGCAAGUCGUUAAAUUUCCCUGUGGUCCAGCCAGCAUGAUCAACAGUGGUGAAAGGUACGACAGUCUAUCACUUGUGGUACGAAGUCUACAAGUCUUAGGGGGAAGUCUAGGAUGAAAUCCAAAAAGAAGGAAAACUGUCAAAAUCUCUACAUAUGAUGACUUAACUAAACAUCUGUACUACUGGUGAAAAUUUCAUUUGAUCACUUACUAUAUCAUCUAUCUUCCCUUUCUCCCCAAUGAAAAAGGUCCUGUAUUUUUAGUUGAAAUACAAAUUAAAUCCAUUUCAUUUCUCCAUUCUUUCUGACUUUUGUACUUUUCAGUACAAAAGUCAACUUCAUAAGUCCUCAUAUACUGAGAUUUUGGAUGUUUUACUACGUGUUUUCGUCAUCGUUUUUGCGAUGUAUCAUGCAUAAAAGCUUUAAUUUCGAGACAGCCUGAGCUGUUUUAUCAUCUUUUUUCUUUAAGAAUUGUAUAGUUCUUGCAUAACCUCUUACAUAACGUUUAACUUAUUUCUAGAGCAAUUGGAGUGAUUUUAAUUUGUUUUGUGUACUGACAGUGUAAACUGAAACACUUUGUGACAACUAGAUACAAAUAUUGUUAAUUCAAAUAGUGUAUGUUUUGGAUAAAAAUUGUGAAAAUAUUUGCUUGUUACUACAAAACACUAUUAAGUAGAAUAAAACUGUCGCACAAUUGUCCACCAAAAAUUAGCUGAAAUGAUUCACUUCAGAGAUCAACAUAAUUCAAUUGAUGAGAAGGGAGAUUUGAGUCGAAUUGAUUGAAUUUUCCCAUUCCCCCUUUUUAGAUAUGCAAAACAAUAUUGAUUGGUCAAUAUACUUAUUAUAUGUUAUGUACAUAAGUAGCGAAGUGUUCAUUAGUAACAUGGGUGUCAAUGUUUUAAGCCACAAUAAAUAUACCAAUUAUA